CGACAGCGUCACAGCAUGUCGGGGUAUAUAAGCCAGCGAUGGACGGCGAGAAGCAUACAACGCUCCUGGUUUCACAGCCGUCACCACUUCUACCUUCUCGCCAAGAUGCACUUCUCUCGCGUUGCGCUGGCGCUGGCCGCCGUGCUGCUGACGGUCGACGCCACCUUCAUCGUCGGCACGGCCGGCACGGUGGGCGUGGGCGCCGCCUACGCCGGCGUGGCGCUGGCGGGCGUGGCCGGCCUGGCGCUGGGCGCCGGUCUGGUCGGCGCGCUGGCGCUGCGUCGUGGCAAGCGCUCGGUGGCCGCCGUCCAGCAGACCGACAUGGUUCUGGACAUGGUGGCCGCCGCCGACGCCUACGGCUGCGCCCUCAAGCUGGUCUGCAUGAUCGAGUCGAAGCCGGAUGACCAGCUGAGCGCCGAGGACGAGCUGAUCCUGCAGCUGUUCGGCCGCGCUCCGGCCGCGCUCACCGAGGAGGAGGUCGACACGCCGCGCAAGGCCUACUUCUACGCCGCCUACCUGGGCACCUCUCAGGGCAAGGACGCUUGCCAGAAGGUGUUCCACACCUGCGACGCCAGCUACGGCCAGAUGAUCGCCUACGUGCGCGCCCUCCGCGCCUAAGCCUCGCCUCGCCAGUCACCACAUCACCUAGCUGUAGAUGUUCAUCGUUCGCAGCAUCAUCACUGGGAGGCUGAGGUCCCGGCCGCAGGCGGUCAUGCAGUCCGGUCCUGGUGGCCCGCACCCCAUCGCGUCAGAAGCCAGCUUGGCACUAUUCUUUUGUACUGUUUUCUCACGCGUGUGCGCAACGGAUGUGCCCUCGGGUAAAAUUCGUUUGCGGCAUCGUCUAGUCCACCUCGGACGACGGCACGCAGAGGCCAGGAGCUGUAUUACGUGCUGCCAGGAAGUAGCACCAUGCUGACUACUCACCGACUGGGUUUUUAGCCUUGCAGCACUGUGAGGGCUUUAAACAGCUGUUGUAUUACUUCGAGUCAUUUAUGUGUCGUUUUUUUGUCAUUGUCGUAUAUGAUCUUGUGUACUGAUGCAAAGCAGGGUGAAAGUACAUACCAUUGGUUUGUACUAGAAUACAAAGUGCAUGCACUUAA